CGAGAGGCUCCCGCUCCCCUCAGACCUCAGCCGAGCCCCUCAGAGCCUCAGGACCCUCGGCGCGGCCGCCUAGCGGGGCCUUGACGUCGUUGUAAUCUAUUCUGAUUGAAAUCUGAAGUCACUUUUCUUGUUGGUCCCGUAUAAAGUGCAGACCGCAGAACUCGACGUAGGGCCCCGCGCGUCAGGGUAGCGCUCCUUCAAGAGCACCCCGCGACCUUGGAUCAUCCACCCCGACCCCAGCCCCCGCCGCCGGGAAGCUCGAAGGCUGCGUGGCUGACCCCUUCCCUCCCCCUUCCCCUCUCACUCUUGCCGAAGCGUCAAGAUGUGGGUCUGUGGAAGGAGUCUUAGUUAGGGAGGUUCAUGUGCUGGUCCGCGUGUGUCCUACCUCGUGGAUGAUUUCAAGACGUAAACCAGCGUCCUUUUAAGUGGCUCUGUUGCUUAGCGGUUGCGUUAUCUUUUACUUGUCAGAAGAAAACUGGGAACUGAGGACGGGAUGAGGCACGGAGUGAGGGUAGACGUAAGGAUGGUUCCAUUAGAGAUAGUCUGCGUAGUUUGCUCUGUAGAUGAGCCUGGCCUCAAAGCCGCAGAUGUGCACCUGCCCCUGCCUCCCAGAUGCAGAGAUAAAGGCGUGAGCCACCAUGCCUGGCCCGGAGUUUUAAUUCUUCUGGUGCUUUUGAAGCGGGGUCUACUAUGUAACAAACUUCUGCCUGCCUGCGACACGGACUCCCGAGGGCUGGGCUCAAAGGUGUGUGCCACCACACCAGCUAAAGUUAGUAUUUCUGUUGCAACUUUCUCCCCUGGUCAUUUCUCUGCAGUAGAGGCUUUCAGUAUUCCACUGACCGCCCAGCUGGAGACAGUGUCAUCAGAUCUCAUGCUGCCCUGAGGAGCGGUGGAUGUGUGUGCUCUUAUUUUGAAAAUGAGUGUAAAUAGUGCUGUAUUAAGAGUUGAAACCUGGCUCUUGGCAACAUGGCAUGUUAAAGUGCCUCUACCCUGGCUGGAAGCAUGUGUUAACUGGAUCCAAGAAGAAAAUGAAAAUACUAAUUUGAGCCAAGCACAAGUAAAUAAACAGGUGUUGGAGCAAUGGCUUCUUACUGACCUGAGAGACUUGGAACAUCCUCUCUUACCUGAUAACAUUUUAGAAAUCCCAAAGGGAGAACUGAAUGGAUUUUAUGCUCUGCAGAUCAAUUCCUUGGUUGACGUAAGUCAGCCUGCAUAUUCCCAGAUACAAAAGCUGAGAGGAAAGAAUACAACCAAUGAUCUAGUUUCAGCUGAAACACAGGUUACCCCAAAACCGUGGGAAGCAAGGCCUUCACGGAUGCUCAUGCUGCAGCUCACCGAUGGUGUCACACAAAUCCAAGGGAUGGAAUAUCAGUCUGUUCCAGCUCUCCAUGGUGGUCUUCCUCCAGGUACAAAAAUUUUGGUUCAUGGACGAAUUUCCUUUCGUCUUGGUGUUCUCUUGUUGAAACCGGAAAAUGUGAGGGUAUUAGGGGGUGAGGUAGAUGGUCUUUCAGAAGAAUAUGCUCAGGAAAAAGUACUUGGAAGACUGAUUGGUGAGCUAGACCCUGCAGUCUCAGUUGUACCAAAUGACUCUGCUCACAGUGUGCCCAGAGUUUCGGGGUUGGGAUCAGACCCUGCUUUAGGACCUUCAGAUGAAGAGCUCUUGGCAAGUCUUUAUGAAAGUGAGGGACCUGCAGCAAACGAUGAUGCAUCCAUGGGAGCAAGCGGCUUCAGCGCAGGCAGUUCCUUAAACACUACUCCCACAGGCCAGUCUGAUUUUGAGCCAGGAUGGAAUAUUUCUUCAAGGCAAAAGGAGAAACCAAACCAAUCUGUGCAUUUCUCUAAUGGAGAGUUUGAUGACUUUUCACUGGAAGAGGCCUUGCUUUUAGAAGAAACUGUCCAGAAAGAACAGAUGGAAACCAAAGCAUUGCAGCCACCAACUUUGAAGAAAAACACAGAUAGAUGUGUAGAGACAUUUUCACAUAAACCUAAUACUCAGAACCACACUGAUUUGAUUCAUAAACAUGGAAACAACAAUUGCAAUGAAAAAAAAUUAUCUGAACAAAUAAUUCAUGAAGACAAAUUUUUUGACUGUCCAUCUGCUAGAGACCAUCAUAAGAAACUCCUAGCCCAUGACUUCACAAAUGACAGUGAGACUUUGGGAGUAGAUAAUACGACAAAAGAAAACAACGACAGUUCACGUGAACAUUGCUCAAGUAAUAAAAUGUUAAAGAGAAAACAAGGAACCUGUCUAUCAGAAAAGAGUUCAGAGAUCUCUGAUGAAAAUAGCUACCCUUUUCAGACUUGUUCUUCAGAAUCACUUGAGAAUAAUACUGAUCUUUCCGUCAGCAUGGACUUAAAUUCUCCACCUUUUAUCUAUUUGGCUGUUCUAAUGGCCAGAAAGCCAAAGGAAGUUACCACUGUGAAAGUCAAAGCCUUUAUUGUCACUUUAACUGGGAAUCUCUCAAGCUCUGGUGGCUGUUGGUGUGUAACUGCAAAGGUUUCUGAUGGCACCGCAUAUCUAGAUGUAAAUUUUAUAGAUGAAAUACUUACCAGUAUGAUAGGGUUUUCAGUAGCAGAAAUGAAACAAUUAAAAAAAGACCCUCUUAAAUAUCAGACCUUCCUAAAAGGGUUACAAAAAUGUCAGCGAGAUCUGAUAGAUUUGUGUUGCCUAAUGACUAUUUCAUUUAAUCCUUCUUCAGGUAAAGCCAUGGUACUUGAAUUACAAGAUGUCAGUGUGGAGCACCUUGAGAACCUAAAGAAGCGGCUGAAAAAAUAAUUGGCCAAAAUGCCAUUGGAGUAUACCUUAAGAUAUGCAAAUAUUUGUAAUCAAAUUUGUUCAUAGUCUUAUUUUUUAAAUUCUGUAAAAGAAGAAAAAGCUUCAGAGCUUAAAAAGGAUGAUAUUGCUCUGUUCAAGAGGCUUUCUGCCAAGCCUGCGUUUGAUCCUCUGGUCCCUUGUAGAUUAAAAGAGGAGCCAACUCCCAGAAUCUGUUGAUCAUCCUCCACACAUGCAGCAUGGAAUUCAUACAGAUACCCACACAUAUAUACUAAAUGACAUUUAAAAAUAAAGAUAUUUAAUUAAAA